UAGCGAGCCCCCCCCCUUUCUACUAGAAUCUAAACACCGUUUUAAAAAAGCUUGGAUGAUUUUGGACACGAGUUCGCUUGCGUGAUAUCUUUGGAAAAGCGGCGGCUGGAUAUUUUGUUGUGGAUUAUUUCUACCCGUUGAUGAACUGAAGGGAGAGUGACUGCCAUGACCACAGACGAGGUGGAGAGCGUUCAUAAGAAACAGGUCUGCGAGCAGCAGCAGGAAGAGGAGGACCCCGCUGCACAGGAGCCAGGCCCCGCUGACACCGCUCAGGACAGCCCCUCUGGCACCUCGCCGCUCCCUGGGGGCUCGGAGGAGGAACAGCAGCUGAAGCCGCGCCAGCGCACCUCCACUGGCCGCGGCCUCUCCCGCCUCUUCUCCUCCUUCCUGAAGCGCCGCUCACAGUGCUCGGACGGCGAGGGGGUGGAAACAGAGAGGGCCCGGGAGAAGGACAGCCAGGAAGAACCCAAAGCUCCCAUAGCGGACCCUGAGCCAGAGCUGCACAUAGAGGGCGAUGUUGCUCUAGAUCAGCACUCAGUCAGCAGUGCUGAAAACCAGCAGAUCGUAGCGGAUCAGAAAGAAGACGCCGAGCUGGAGUCCGGCAAGGGAGAAAUGGGGGAGAAGGGGGAGAAGAAAGAGAAGAAGGAAAAGAAGAAAGAGAAGAAGGAGAAAGCUGAUAAGGAGAAGCCGGAGAAGAAGGAGACGCCAGGGAAAAAAGAGAAAGCAGAGAAGAAAGAGAAGAAGGACAAAAAAGAGAAGAAGGAGAAGAAAAACGAGGACAAGGCCAAAGGAGAGGAGGGAGAGAAAGACAAGGAGUGUGAGAAGGAAAAAGAGAAAGUAGAGGAAGAGGCCAAGCCGGAAGAUGCAUGUGCGGCAGAAACAGAAGUAAAGGAGGAAGGAGAAAUAGAGGAAGAGAAACAGGAGGAGAACAUGGUGGAGGAGGAGGAGGGGAAGAAGCAGAAAGCAUCUCGCCGCCCCAGGAUCAUGCACUGCAAAGUCAAGCUGCUGGAUGAUUCUCUCUUCGAGUGUGAGCUGGAAAAACAUGCCAAAGGCCAGGAUCUGUUUGCAAAAGUGUGCGACCACCUGAACCUAUUAGAGAAGGACUAUUACGGUCUGGCCAUAUGGGAGACGCCAACCAUAAAGACAUGGCUGGACUUCACCAAGGAGAUCAGGCGACAAGUACAAGGCAGCACCUACGAUUUCACAUUCAAUGUGAAGUUCUACCCACCUGAUCCAGCCCAGCUAUCAGAAGACAUCACCAGGUACUACUUGUGUUUGCAGCUGCGGAAGGACAUCAAGAACGGCCACCUGCCCUGCUCUUUCGUGACCCUGGCCCUGCUGGGAUCUUACGCCCUGCAGUCUGAGCUGGGCGAGUACGACCCCGAGGUGCACGGCACAGACUACGCCAAGGAGCUCCAGCUCAUCCCAGGACAGACCAAGGAGCUGGAGGAGAAAGUCAUGGAGCUUCACCGCACAUACAGAUCUAUGAGUCCGGCUCAGGCUGAUAUGAUGUUCCUGGAGAAUGCUAAAAAACUGGCCAUGUAUGGGGUUGAUCUCCACCAGGCAAAGGAUCUGGAUGGAGUGGAUAUAAUGCUGGGCGUCUGCUCCAGUGGGCUGAUGGUGUAUAAGGACAAGCUGAGGAUUAAUCGAUUUCCGUGGCCCAAAGUUCUCAAAGUCUCCUACAAACGCAGCAGUUUCUUCAUCAAGAUACGGCCAUCUGAUCUGGAACAUUACGAAAGUGCCAUUGGCUUUAAACUGCCCAACUACAAGGCGGCCAAGAAACUGUGGAAAGUGUGUGUGGAGCAUCACACAUUCUUCAGGUUGACGUCCACAGAAGCGGCCACCACUCCCAGGAAGUUCCUGGCUCUGGGAUCGAAGUUCCGCUACAGCGGCCGCACCCAGGCUCAGACCCGUCAGGCCAGCUCCGUGAUCGACCGACCCGCACCACAUUUCCAGCGCUCCGCCAGUAAGAGGGCAUCCCGCAGCUUAGAUGGAGCCAUGGUCUCGACCCCGGAUAAGAACACCCGUCCCGUCAGCGCUCCCAUCAUAUCUCCCAUCUCUCCAGGUGACAUGGCUCCUUCCCCAGUAGCAUCUGUCGCCCGCACUGACCGUAAAGAGACGUCCACGCCCACGGGCCGUCCACGCUCCACUGAGAGGAAGAGUGAGGUGAAGGCAGAGGCCCAUGUGACAGAUGGCUCCAAAACACACAGCACCAAAGCAGAGGGCACACCUGAAAUCAAGACGGUAGCCCGGCGAGAACGGCGGCACCAUGAUGCCCCGGUGGUGAUGGCCACCAAUGGGGAGAGAAAGAGCAAGUCGCCACGGGCGGAAACAAAGAUGGUGCGCAUGAGGAAGAAAAGAGCUAAGAAAAUUGAGGGUGAAACUAUUUAUAUCAGACAUAGCAAUUUAAUGUUGGAGGAUGUGGAUAAGACACAGACAGAAAUCAUGCGUCAUCACACCAGUAUCAGCGAGCUCAAGCGAAGCUUCAUGGAGUCAGUGCCCGAGCCAAGGCCCAACGAGUGGGACAAGCGUCUGUCCACCCACUCGCCCUUCCGCACCGCCAGCAUCAAUGGCCAGAAACAGCCCGACUCUCCUGUGGUGAAGACGAAAACGUUCACCAUUUCUGAUGUCACCAACUCCCUUUGCACCGAAAUCGCCAGCAAGGACAUCCCGAUUGUGCAUACAGAGACCAAGACCAUCACAUAUGAGUCUGCACAGUCCAACGUGAUGUCAGAGAAGGAGUCUGGGAUGCUGUUGAGUGCUCAGACCAUCACCUCAGAGACUGUCAGCACCACCACCACAACCCAGAUCACCAAGAUGGUGAAAGGCGGGAUCUCAGAGACCCGUAUCGAGAAGAGAAUCGUAAUCACUGGAGACACUGAGAUUGACCAUGAUAAGGCUCUCGCUCAGGCUAUAAAGGAGGCGAAGGAGCAGCACCCUGACAUGUCUGUGACUAAAGUAGUGGUGCAUCAGGAAACAGAGAUCACCCCUGAGUAACCCCUGCAUGAGACACAGGGUGAAAAAACGGGACCAGUCGGGUUUAUGAAUGUUAAAAGACAACGCAAGAUCCCUCACAUCCAGCCUCCUACCAUCAACCCACGAGUUCCCCUCACGGACAAACUCUUCCUGUAGCAGCGCAUGUCCCACCCAGCCAUUGCCAUCUGAGACACCACUUUCCAGACCCUAACCAUCUGUCAGAUUUCAAGCGUCCCGUACUGCAAACUGAGCAUCCAGCAUCUACUCCUGUCCAGUGUCCAGAAGCAGAAUUCAAAGACCAGUUCUCAUCCUCUUCUCAACACCUUGGACAGACUCUUUCAAAAAAACCUGCCUGACCUCCACCACAUCAAAGACAUUCCAUGAUGGACUGAACCAUGUUACAAAAUCGUUUUCUAAAACAGUGGCUAAAGAGCAACUUUUUAUCUUGAAUUCAUAUAGUAUUUUUAGGGUGGAUUCCAAAGGGAUGGUUCACAUAAUAACAACUGGGCGGCGGGAAUUUUCUAAAGUGUCAAUUUGUUGUUUAUUUUUUUACAGCUUAAUUUAAUAUUUUUUUGCAAUUGGUUGAUUAUCUGUAAUAAUCUGAAACACCUAAAAAGGGGAUGUUCAUCCAAAAGUCAAGUUCCUCAUCUAGUGAUGCAAAACUGUAUUUUAGCUUUUUCUUUUCUCAAUGGAACAAAAAAAAAAAUUGAAGUUUAGAAGCUGCUCUUUUCCAUUCUUUUUCAAGAAUUUUGAAGACUUAAAUUUAGGGAUAGUUCUGUCAUCAUUUACUCAAUGUCGAUCCAAACCAGUAUGACUUACUUUUUGAUAGAUAUUUUGAAAGAGAUUUUUUGGUAAUCAUUAGUCACCAAAACUGUUUGAUUACCAACAUUCUUUAAAAUAUCUUCUGUGUUCCAUGUGUCAUAUAUAUAUUUGUGAACUAUCCCUUUAAGUUGUUGUCAUUCUCUAAUUUCAUUUCCGGCCAUUUACAUUCAUAUUUAACAGGUUUAAAGUCAAUAAUGUUUAAACAUGCAAAUAACAUUUAAAGGGAUAGUUCACCCAAAAAUGAAAAUUUGAUGUUUAUCUGCUUACCCCCAGGGCAUUCAAGAUGUAGGUGACUUUGUUUCUUCAGUAGAACAGAAAUUAUGAUUUUUAGCUCCAGUCUCUCAGUCUAUAAUGCAUGGCAAAUGGUAACAGAAUCUAUGAGGGGAAAAAAAAAAAAACAUGCACGAACAAAUCCAAAUUAAACCCUGCGGCUCUUGACGAUACAUUGAUGUGUAAAGACACAAAACGAUCGGUCUGUGCAAGAAACUGAACAGUAUUUAUAUAGUUUUUUUUACCUCUGAUUCACACAAUGUCUGAACUGCUUGAACUCUUGUGAACGCGCUUCACAGCAGCAGACAUGUGAGACAUCACCUUCUUCUUGCUUGCUUUAUGGCAGAUUGCAGACUUAUAAGUGCAUUACUGCCACCUAUCUCUCAAAUGGACCUUUAACACUCUAUCUACAAUCUCAAUCAGGAGUGUCAAUGGUUCUAACAGUUCGGACAUUGCGUGAAUCAGAGGUAUAAAACGAUAUAAAUACUGUUCAGUUUCUUGCACAGACCGACCGUUUUGUGUCUUAACACAUCAAUGUAUCAUCACCCAGGUCCCUUUCGCUUUCAUUGAAUGGAAAAGAGCAGCAUGAACAUUCUGUUAAACAUCUGAAUUCCUCAGAAGAAAGAAAGGUUUUGAAAGACAAGUACACAGAGAAUAAAUGACAGGAUUUUCAUUUUUGGCUGAACUGUUCCCAAUCUAGAAUACAUCAUGUUGUAAAGUCCCAUAUUUUAUGUUCUUCUUAAAUGUGAAAGUAUUAUUUUGUUCUCGGUGUAAAAAUAAUGUGUUAUUUUCAUUCAGAAUGCUGGAGCAAUUUCAGAUGUUCUCUUGUGUUUUUAAGUUACAUUACUUGGCAUAUUUGUUGAAGGCUUGAAUAUUUUUUCUUUUGUUUUGUUGGUAAUGUUGUCCUGUGUCAUCAUGGAUUGGGCGUCCAAUGAAGAUGGGGUGGGGUAUUGUAGUGAAACUACACUCUAUGAUGUUUCUAUUUAUUUUCAUCAGUUUUGUUUCUCGUUUGUGUGCGUACUUUGCAUUUUAGAUGCCCUGCUCUCUCAAACUCAGCUUUGAUGUUUUGUAUUAGAUCCAGAAUCCCAAACACCAGCUCCCACCAGUUUUUAAAUGGGAUUUGCAGGGACAACUCUGCUCAUUUUCAGUAUAUUUCUACUUUUCUACUAGAGGGGGCAGUAUGUUCUUACCCAUGAGGUCUACAGCAGAUCUGCAAAGCCUUCAAAACGAGCAUCCACACACAACCUGAAGUGGUUUUAGAUGAAUUGGAAUCGAUAAGCCAUGAACGGAGCUAAUUAGCAGUUAUAUGGUAAUUAAUUGUGAAAGCAAUCAGACGGAUUCUACAGCAAAUUAAAAUGCGUCUCAGUCAUUCAUUGAGACAUUCAAAUGCCUCCGUUUGACUUUAAAGGUCAAGAAUGGCAAUUCAGGUGCGGUAAUUCAAUUCUAGAAAAUCAAAGUGGGAAUGUGAAGAUUUUAUAUCGUGCAUCAACACUGCCGGUGGUGUAAAGCAUACUGCCCCACGUCAAACUGACGAGUCCAGCACGUCCUGUUUUUAAAUGUGUAUUUUAAAAUGUUACGCUUUUAUAUUAGUUAGUAUCCUGUACAGAGACCGAGGUGUUGUAGUUCGUUCAGUGUGUUGUUUUCUUCAUUGUGGCACUCCUUUCCUAUGCUGGUCUGGGCUGAAGAAAAGAAAAGAAUCGUAUGUUUUUCCUCAGAGGUUCUUUUUCUUCUCAUCACACCCCUCUUUCGUUUGACGUCACUGAAAAAAGACAAAUGUACAACAUAGCACCAUGCACUGAAUAAACUCCAACUUAGACACAUUCUUCA